AAGAAAACAGCCUGCUUCAGAAGAGGGUGAAGAAAAUCAUUUCCGACAUGCCGACCUUAACUAUUUAAAAGGUAGGCCUCCUUUUGUUUCGACUCUCUCUGUCGGUGGCGGUGCUAUCUCUUCUUUCUUUUACUAUCUAUAUAUAGAGAGAGGAAUGGAAGAAGAAGGAGGAAAAGGAAAAGGAAAGAGAAAGAUGGAAAGACCAUAUAAAGGGAUAAGGAUGAGAAAAUGGGGGAAAUGGGUAGCCGAAAUAAGAGAACCGAAUAAACGUUCGAGAAUAUGGUUAGGAUCAUAUUCAUCACCGGUGGCGGCGGCGCGUGCAUAUGACAUCGCCGUUUAUUAUCUACGAGGUCCGACGGCCAGGCUUAAUUUCCCGGAAUAUGUGGCGGCGGAUGAUCAGGAAACAGGAAUGAAGGAACUGACGGCCGCCGACAUUAGGGAGAAGGCGAUUGAGGUCGGUGCUAGAGUGGACGCGCUUGAGGCGGCGGCUGCGGCGGCGACGGCGGAGUGUUGUUGGUUUAGGGAAAUGCCCGACUUGAAUAAAAUGCCCGAACCGGAAGAUCAGGAUGGUGUUGUUGAUGACUGGUAAUUAAUUAAUAAAUUACCGGUUUGUUUUGAUCGUUAUCGAAACAUAUUACAUGUAAUGUAAUUGCACGUGAAGUAAUUAUUCUCCAUCAUUUGUUUUUUUUUAUAUAUCUUUCAAGUAUCAUCAAAUCAGAUACUGUUGUUUAAAAUAUAUUUAUUUAUUUUAAUUGGAAGCAAAUUAAUUAUAUA